GUGGCUUUUUGCUCUCAAGUUGAAGUGUUUAAAUGUAACCUCUGCACUGUUGUAUCUCAUUCAGUUUCACUGCUUCAUUCCUCGGGAUUAUCCAGCUGGAGAAGCUGAGGACAAAGGUUUUGACCAACUUUGGUUUUCAUGACAAUGGAAUUUUUCCUCUCCACCAUGGCAAGAAAGAACCUCUUCCUCAGCCUCCUGCUCUGCUACAGCCUGUUCAGGGCUGCUGACUCCCACUUGGUCAUUGAGGAGAAGACAGAAUGCAACGUGUCCAGGAGGAGCAAAAUGGACCUCUCAGAUCUUCCACCCAUCUCCAUAGUAGAUUUAACUAGAAAAUCCCAGAAAGUCAGCAGGAAAGAGGCAGAGAACAAGAAAUCUUCCAAGAAAAAUGCUAAACGCAAGGUAUCUCCAAAGCCAAGGCCCCCACCUGCUGCUAACUGUGUGCCAACCUUCAAAACCUGCAAGCCACACUUGAAUUCCUGCUGUCACUACUGUGCUUUGUGCAAAUGCCGAAUCUUCCAGACGAUCUGCCAGUGCCUGAUGUUAAACCCCAAGUGUUAAGCCAAGUCAGAAACACAGCAAACCUUCUGUCUUUCAUUAGCUUCUCAAGUGCAUAUUUCAAAUUGCCCCAUGUCUCUAGUAAUCAAAAUAGAGAGCUCUGAAGCUUGAAUUUACCCCUCUUAAAAUUUAAUGGACAGUUGUUUUUAUGGGGUUAAUGUUACCACAAGCUGGAUGUUAUUUCAGGAAGCAGACAGGGAGAUUGGCACUGAUUAGGCAUUUUUAGCAAAAGAGCUGUGUUUUAUAAUGAAUUCUGGAUUCCUGUGGGUUUGAGCUUUUAUUUGAAGGAUCGUAUUAAUGCCAGACUGCAGAAUUAUCUAACCAGCACCAUAAAACCUGCCCCCAUGGCAUCCAAAUGGCCACUAACACAGGACUGGUUAGGCCAGUGAGGGAAUAGAGCUUGGUUUGCCCACAGGGACAUCACCAGCUUUCAGCACAGCCGAAGUAUCAGGCUGAAAAUGCAGGGUUUAGGUUUAACUCCAUUUUCACAUAUUCAACAAAAAUCAGGAAAAGAAUUUGUGUAGGUUAUUCCACCUGCAAAGAUGGACCCAAAGCUAUAAGGACAUUUUUUUAGUCAUUCUCAGUUAAGCAUUCACCUUCAGGGGUUUUGGUCAUUCUGCCACCAGGGUACCUCCCAGGGGUAUGACAUACAUAUAUACUAUAAACCUAAAUGUAUCUGUGCCUUGGAAUAUAAAAAACAGAUGCUUUUUUCUCCAGACAUAUCUGUAGGAAUCAACUCUUCAGCCUUUCUCAUCCUGCUGCCAAGGACACUGCAUGUACAGAGCCCAAAAGCAGGAAGACAUAGCUGGGACUUCGAGGAAGAAAGGAAAGAUCAGCAAAAGAUGAAUGUAUGUCCCACAUGUACAUCUUGAAGCAAUCUGUUCCAAGGAAUCAAUUCUUUGCCCUUUCUUGCUGCAGGAACUCCCAGAACCAUCUCCAAGGUUGAAUUCAGGCAGGAACAUCCAAGUGCUGCAGCAACCAGGGGAAAAUAAUACACCACAUGCUGUAUCAAGACUUAAGGCUCAGAAAGAGAUGGCUGAAGCUCAAGGCAACAGAAGAUUUCUUUCUUUUGUUCUUAAAGCUCUUUGUCUUAAAUUUGAGGUAUCCAAGAUGGCACAGAAGGAAAACCCUUCUUGGUUAAACUCCCAGGAGAGCAAGGAGGGAGCAGACCCAGAAAAUGUCCCUGACACUGAAGACUUUUUAUUUGCCAGACUCCAGCUCUUGUUUUUUACCUCCUCUGUUCUGUACCUACUGUGUUUCUCCCCUGCUCCCUUACACUCUUUUUUCUUCUCUCCUACUUCCUUGUUUUUAGUGUUUUUUCCUUUGUCCAACUGCUACUCUUAGUUACCACAGGAGCACUCCAGGGCUAACCCACAUCUCCUGUGCUCUUUCCACCUGCCUACACCAAGGUCCCUUUCAGUGCUCUUCGGCUUUCACAACCAGAUUUUUCUGGCCAUAAAUUUAUAAUCCCAAUCAGGAAUUUUCUAAUCCCCUGUGCAGGUCUAAUUGAGAAGACAGUUGUUUACUGAUUUAUUUCUAAACACAGGUGAGGGCUACAAAAAUCUUCUAGGCAGGAAAAGAUGAUACAGAUGACACUCCAAAGGGGCUUAAGCCGUAUAAAGGAGGGUAGGAGGGUUUUUUUAAAUUCUAAUAAUCAGUCUAAAGCCCAGAACUCAAAACUAAGGUCAGAUAUUGACAGAAAUUUUUGUUCAUACUACAUAUAUAUAUAUAUAGCUGUUGGAUUAAUCUAAGAAAGAGCCUAAUGAUGUCAGAAUGUCAUUGUGUUCCUUAUCUUUUAUAAGGCACAUCAAUUGGCAUGUCUGAUGCAAGCUUAAAUUCCUGUAAAUAUACGUAAGUAUGUCUUUUAGCCAGAUUUCUUGGCUCUGGAAUUCUUAAGCCACUCAGUUAUUAUGAAAAAGGAGAUUACAAGGAAGAACAAUACAUCAUAAUGGAUUUCACAAUGUGGCUCCUUCUUUUACUAGACAAAGAUUUAUGUUCCAUCAAAAUUUUUCAAAAUUUUCAUAACCAUAACAAACUGUUGUUGAUUUGAUGCCUUAAGUUUUAGCUUUAAUAUUUUUCAGAUUCUGAACUGCAUU